AUGAACUCCCAAUUGACGCCAUGUUCCAAUAAAAAUCUUGCAGAGGAGUGGGAGGACGUCGAAGAGGAUGAAGAGGAUGAUGAGAUGGAGGAGGAGGAGGAGGAGGAUGAAGAGGAGACGAUGGAUCAAGAGGAAGGAGACUCUGCGGGUCCGUCCGAGCCCCAGCCCGCCGCUCUGCCGGGCUCCAUCCCCGUCACCGACUGCCUGUUCUGCCCCCACCACUCCAAGUCUCUCAUGAAGAACGUCGCCCACAUGACCAAAGUCCACGGCUUCUUCAUCCCCGACGUGGAGUUCCUCGUCGACCUCAAGGGCUUCGUCCGCUACCUCGGGGAGAAAGUGGGUGCUGGGAACGUGUGUUUGUGGUGUAACGAGAAGGGCCGCUCGUUCUACUCGGCAGAGGCGGUGCAGAGUCACAUGACAGACAAAAGCCACUGUAAACUCUUCACAGACGGCGACGCGGCCCUGGAGUUCGCAGACUUCUACGACUUCAGGAGCAGCUACCCAGACAGGAAGGAAGGAGAGGAUGCUGAAAUGGACGAAGAGGAGCUGCCUGAUGACAAGACCCUGGAGUACGACGACGAGACGCUGGAGCUGACUCUCCCUUCAGGUGCCAAGAUCGGCCACCGCUCCCUCAUGAGGUACUACAAACAGCGGUUCGGCACCCAGAGAGCGGUGGCACUGACCCACAAUCAGAACGCCGUUGGCAGAGUCCUGCGGCAGUACCGAGCUCUGGGCUGGGGAGGAGACGGAGGCCACGGCUUCCAUCAGAAACCCAGAGACAUGCAGUACGUACAGAUGAUGAAGUCGAAGUGGAUGCUGAAGAUGGGCAUGAGCAACAACACCACCAGGCAGAAGCACUUCAGAGCCCAAGUCAUGUUCUAAACCCGGGACCAACGAGAGGGGAAUCGAACGUGGAAUGUGACACGGACUGGUGGAAAAAGUUUCCAGCCAACAAGACUUUUAAGCUCAGAAUGGAGUGCAGCUCCUCGCACAGUGGCACGUCAUAUCAGUGCAGCCAUGUUGGUUUGUUUUCGACAGAUAAAAAUAUUCUUUUUUUUCCUAGUAGGAAAGCAAAUUCAGACGUCUGUGUUUGUCCUCUGUAACUCUGCUUGAAACUGACCCCUGAUAGGACUCCAGGUUGGAUGUUCUGGCGUCUCAUCGACUUCACCUAGGUGGAGAUCAAGAGCAUGAAUCAUACUUCCAGAAUUAUUUUAAAACUAUAUGGAUCAAGUAAAAGCUACAGUAGAUCAUUAUUAAGGAGGUGGUUUUACUGUUUUGGGAUCAGUUACAUUACAGUUCUUUUUAACAAAUUACAGGAUUACAUCUUUAUGAUUUAAUGUGCUCAUACUACAUCCAACCAAAUAAAUGUGUUUCAUAUUUAUUGGAUA